AUGGCUUAUAUAAUAAAUUUUACCCAGGACCAAAUGAAAGACUUCAGUGAUUAUCUACCUGCAGAUGAACUAGGGGAGGGAAGGUUUAGUAAAGUUUAUAAGGGAAGGAUGGCUAUACAGGGACUGGAUCCCCGUGAUAUAGCCAUUAAAGUCUUUAAACCGGCGAUUAGCGAUGAACACUGGGCGAAUCUGUUGGCACAAUGGCAGGCCGAAACCAAUUGGCUUACUAGAUUCCGGCACCGCAACAUCAUCAAGCUCAUAGGGUAUUGUGAUAACAGAGCGGAAAGGAAGCUCUAUCUGGUCUACGAAUACAUGGCUGGUGGCACUCUAAAACAGCACCAGUCAGGGUUAGACUGGCCGGGGAUCCUCAAGGUACUCAGAGGAAUAGCCAGUGCUCUGAAAUACAUCCACACCUACCUCCCUGGGGUGGUCUGUGGAGACUUCCCUGGGGUGGUCUAUGGAGACUUAAAACCAGAAAAUAUCUUAUUGGGACAGGACGGUGAGCCCAAGAUUUCUGAUUUUGGUACUGUGACAAGGGUGGAUGAGACGCUGAUGGCAUUUACCUAUGGAUAUAUAGCUCCUUCUGCUCACCGCUCACGUAAAUAUAUUUACUUCUAG